UUGGCCUUGGUUUUUGCCUGUCUCCUUCCCCGCGCAACAGCUCAGGCGCGGCCGCCAACCUCAGAAGACUGAUACGAGUUCCCAGAAGGAAAUCCGAGCAGCAGCAGGCCGGGGCGGAAGUGCGAGACAGGGGGCGGGCGCCGGGCCGGCUCGGGCGGAAGUGCCGGGCGCGAAGCGGAAGCGGCGAAGUCGGCGGGCGGCUCAGAAAAAGAAGAGAAGAAGGAAGCUGAGCGUGACACCACGUGCAAGUGGGCCUCAGGGUGAUCCACGCCUCUGAGCAGCAGUGGACUUGAAACAGCAGGAGUCACCAUCUUUAUUGUUAGGCUGUGGAAUUUGUUUUAGGCACAUUCUAAAUCCAGUCUUAGGCCUUUUACUUUUUUUUUUUUGUCUGUGACAAAGGUGACCCAAUUGUGCUUCUUUGAUAUUAUGAACACAGCUCUUUUUGUUCAUAUCACAGAGGCAUGUAGCAAAAUACAAAGGAUAAAAUUGUGUCUAUAUGUAGUAAGGACACAAGUUUCAUGACUAAAUUCAAUGACAUAAUCAAAAAGGUGCUGUCCUCUCCCAGUCAUGAGCUAACAGACAGAGACUGCCUUUCAGAGUAUUUUUUUAUAAUGCUGAGAUACUGUUCAAAAAUAAUAGAGCUAAUGAAAAUGUCACAUUGACAGAGUAGCCCAUAUUAAGAUUUUACUUCAAGAAGGCAUGAUGCAGUGAGUGUGACAUUGACAGCAAUAGUGUUAGGGUUUACAGAGUUAGUAAAAUAUUCUAAGAAGAGUAUUAUAGAGUUCCAAUUGGAGUAUAUCGUUUUUCAUUUAUUUCUAAAACUAAGGGGACUCCAGUGUUCAGAAUUGCAGCCUUAGUAUCUUAUUUCUGCCUAGGAGAGGUAUAGGGAGCUUUUUUUCAUAUCAUACUCUAAUAUAAUAUUCUCCUACAGUGCUUACAAAGAAAAAAAGUUAAUUUAACAAUGUGGUAAAAUGCAUGUGCCUUAGGACAUUUGGAAGAUACACAGGUAGUAAAAUUACAUAAUGCUAAGUAAGGCAUUUCUCAGUAAACAAAUACGCCAUGUUUAAGUGAUUAAGUACAUGAGAAAAGGUAAGGAUGGAGACUAAUAAUGGAAAGAGAACUAAUUUUAAAUAGAAUGGUUGUAGCAUCACUAAAGACUCAGCUCUCUGGGUUGGGUGAACAAAUAUUUCAGCAAAUCUGGAAUGAAUAGCAUCUCUGUUUACUAUGACAGGUUUUAUUUGUCUUGGGUGCAACCAAGACCACAUGCUGUGUUUUGUCAUGUUGGAAAUACCAAAGCAGAUUUCCAUUGUGAAUGUGAAUUUUUUUUUAAAGCCUUUAACAUCUCAACUCAGCUAGGUAAAAGCAGCAAGUUCUUUUCCUUACCAGCGAGACAUCAAUAAAUCUUAAACCCCUCCACCAGAAGCAUGUAGGUACAGUUCACUAUCCUGGUGACAGUCUUAGGUCACUGCCAUAGAGGGCCUGAUCCUUCUCAUUUCUAAGAUCUGUGGUUCUGUCUUUAAUGAAACUAAUAUUUUGUUUCCUUUCUCCUUCAUAUAGUACAGCUUUUUAAAUUCCAUUCCCCAGGAAGAUGUGCCACUGUGGGUGUAGGGCCUUCCCAACCUACACCCAACCUGGUUUUGGUUCCAAAACCAACGGGGGAGAAAUUGUUACCUAGAGUAAACAUGGCAAACAGAGACCUUCCCUCCUCAUUUAUAUCAUGUGUAGACAAAGCCAUGCUUGGAAGCUGUUGUUUUCAACCAUUUACGUACUGGAGUUGUUGAUUCUGCUGAAUUUAUAGAAAAUGUGUAUGCCAGGGCUUACCACUUGGUUGAGAGUAGCACAGCGUACUGUGAAACUGUUUAGAUCUACUUUCCAUCUUGGAAUAAUGCUGAGCAGCAGAUCCUUGCACAGUGCUCAUCACAUUCCCUCCUAUGCGUUAGGGAGAUCACUCAGUUAGCAGGGAGAUCCAGGGACAAGUGGAAGGCUACCAGUUUAAGAGUGAAAGAAAGAUUAUCGUUUUACAGAUCAGAAUCCAAUCUUCUUUUCCUCUGGUCUUUACAUUAGUUUGACAUGAGAUGGUAUUUUUCUCCAAUAUCAUAUAAUUCUGUUUGAAGGAGUUUAAGACUAAUCUUAUACUAGGAAGCCUAGUCAGCAGUAGAGAUUAGCACAUAAUUAAUAGAGUCAUGCUCUGUGGAGUAGAGCAGGCAGAGAUCUGAGUUGGUGAUGAAAGGGUUGGGACCAACUGUAGUGCCCAUAGUCUUGUGGGCACCCUGAGGAACACUAACCUUUAGCUAUGACAUGUGAUCUGCUUAAUUAGUGACCACUGUGCACAAUGAGUGUCUGAUCAGGGUUAGAGGUGAGAAAAAGAGGUAGAGAAAGACUCACUCCAAUACCCUAAAUAUUCAAACGAAUAUCUGAACACCUACUAUGUGCCAAGUUAAUUACAGAUGCUUGGGGACACUGGGGUGAAAAAGUACCUGCCCCUAUGGAACUCACAUUGUAGUAGAAGAGACACAGAGGUAAAUAAAUAGUUUCAGGCAGUAAAAGAUAAAAGAAAACUGGGGCGCCUUGGUGGCUCAGUCUGUUAAGCAUCCUAUUACAACUCAGGUCAUGAUCUCGCAGUUCAUAAGUUUGAGCCCCGCGUCAGGCUCUGUGCUGACAGCUUGGAGCCUAGAGCCUGUUUCCAAUUCUGUGACUCCCUCUCUCUUUGCCCCUCCCCUGCUUGCUCACUCUCUCUCUCUCUCUCUCUCAGGAAAUGAAUAAACAUUAAAAAAAAAAAAAAAGAUAAAACUAUAGUGAAGCAUAAGGAUGCAGUGUGGUGGGCUAGUCAACCUUAGUAAGGCAGUCACUAAAGCAUGACCCAGGACAAAUGAGAAGCUACCUAAGAGCUUUUUAUGCAAAAGGACAUCGAGUGCAGAGAUCCUGAUGAAGAAAUGAUCUUUGGGUAUUCAAGGAACAAAAGAGAAUCUCUGUGGCUGCAGCAUGCCAAGAUAAGGAAGGGAAGUUAAGGUGAAGUUGCAGAGAAAGAGUAAAGCAAAGUUAAAAAAUGGAUAUCCCAGGAAUGAAUUCAUCUUGAGAAUAUUGAUUAAUGAUAAGUCAACAGUGCAUAUGUGUUUUAAAAGUGAAAUUACCAUAUUUGUAGCUUUAAGGACAAAGCUGGAGGCUCAGUAGAAUAACUAGGAAUAAGUAGGCUGUCUUAUGUCGAGAAAAGUAGCAAGAUGGGGGAGCUUCAAAGCCUAGUGUUUGACAUGCUGCUAUUACCAAGCUGUUCGUAUUGGAGUAUCUCCAGUAGUAACACCAGUACAUUUGUGUAUGUUUUAAAAAACGAUGGCAAUCUCCUUUUAAAAUACUGAAGGAGUUGAGUAGAUCUUUGUUUCUGACAAGUCAACUCGACCCAAUUCUCCCCUAUAGUUCCUCUUGCUACUGUUCUGUGUUUCCCCAUCUUUUGCAGCAGGGGGUGGGGGAGGGGGAUAUGGAUAUCCUAAAAAACAGCCUUAGCUUUCAUUUGGGGAUUUGUGCUGCUUAAUUACUGUUUCCUUUACCAUGAAGGUGGCUGUGUGUCAUUGAAAGCUUGCCAAUAAGAUAAGCUAUCUCUGCAAAUAAAAACCAUCUCAGGAAACCUCCACAUUUUAGGGAAUCAGGAUGCUGGCACAAUCUGCAGGUGAAAUUUAAUUUUGUAUUCAAAUUAACAAACCCAUGCAGUUUGCUUGCAGAAACCAAGUGAUUAGGCACACAGCUCAUCCAUAAAUAUGGAUAUUUUCCCAUUCUAAGUUCUGUUUUGUUUGGAAUACACUGAAUGUUGAGGCACUGUGGAGACUUGCCAAACAUCUGGGCCUCUUUGACACUCCUGGACUCCAAGAAGUUCUCAAGUCUUUAAAUUCCAUCAGAGGCUUGCAGCUUACUGUUCAUAUUAUAAACAGCAAAAUCUAGGGCACAUAAGUUUACUGGUCUAUUUUUCUUUUGGCAGAGUUAAGAUGCUCUGGUUUCAAGGAAAUAGCAUGCAACUUGCCAAAUACUCCUUUCGACUCCUCUUGAGAAAUCGUUCUGCCUCUAAGACUGUUCUGCCUGUGCUGACCUUAUUUACAAAGGAUCCAUGCCCCCUUUGUGAUGAAGCCAAGGAAGUGCUGGAGGCUUAUAAAAACAGGUUUAUUUUACAGGAGGUGGACAUCACACUUCCAGAAAACUCUGCUUGGUAUCAAAGGUAUAAAUUUGACAUCCCCGUCUUUCAUUUGAAUGGCCAGUUUCUGAUGAUGCAUCGAGUAGACAUCUCAAAACUUGAAAAGCAGCUCCAGAAACUUGAGCAGCAAGGUUUAUGAUCCUCCACCCUCUCUGUCCAGAUGGCAUCUUCCUGAGGACAUGACCGUGGCCUUUCACACACCCUACAGACGUUCUAGACCAGGUGGUGCCCAAUAAAUGGUGACAUUACUUUUCCAAUUGGUGGCUGUACCGAUGUGGGAAUGGUUUACCUGUGGGCAUUUUAUAAAAUAAGAGGAGUGUAUUGGCAGUGAGAGGAUGAUGGAGGGUGGGAGAGGUCUGUUUGUUUUAUUUAUUCUUCCUUUUUGUAUUAAUAUGGAAGCAUUUCACAUGCACACUGGAUGGUACAGUUUAUAGGAAGAAGGCUCUGCAUCCCUGCUGCUGCCCUAAGGGCUUAACUUUUUAAUGAAAGAAUAAAUGCUCUUCUACUCAGUAGAUAAAGUGAAAUGUGAAUUGUUAAUAACUGUGCACAGUCAAUAAAGGGAUGUUUUAACAAAUA